GCAAAAAAAUACUGAAACUAUGAAGGAGUUUACUGUUACUCGAGGUAGACGGGUAAAAUUUCAGAACUGGGAACUGCAAAAAAAGCCUAACAAGUCAAUACUAAGGAAAAGUACAGAGGAAGAGGAGGGGAAUAAUAAUAAUGAGUUUAACAAUCUACCUGUUGAUGUUAUAAGCUCUAUUUUUAUAAGAUGCCCGGCGAAUACGUUAUCCAUGUUAAGGUGCGCAUCAAAGUCGUGGAAUGACUUGAUUGCUAGUCCUUUGUUCGUUCAUUCUCACCUGGAACAUUCAACGGAAACUUCCCAACUUCUUUUUCUGCAACUCAAUUAUUUGCCACGGUCAAAGAGGCGCAGACUACGAUUUGUUUCAGUCGACAUGGAAGGAAAUGAGGGAGAAAGCAAUGAGUUAUACGCU